CGGUCGGCUAAGUAUUACCCCAGCCGACAGAAAGCUGGGGUUGGGACUUGGCGGCAGCGCUUGGCAGCGUUCCCAGGGCACAGACUCGCACAGACUGGCGAGACAGCGCACUAAGCUUCAGUGAGUUCUAGGCCCCUCAGAGCCCCUGUCCGCCUUAUCGUUAUCGAUGCUACAGUGGGGCGAUAGCGGGCGCAUGCGAUUGUAACCCAACUUUUUUCUAGUUGCUGCGUGCUGCUCGAUUGUCGAUGAUACGGACCGAAUACCCUGGCUGAGAACCAAAAGAUUCAUAACCCCCGAACCAGAGUUGUCCCACCCAAGAUCCAGACAGCUUUCAUCACCACAAGAAGACAAUAUGGCGGGCGCAUUUACCAAGAAAAGGAGCCAUGCUGAUUCUGCAGCUGUCGGAAAACUGCAGAGACCAAAGAAGAAGCAAAAGAAAGUCCCCCAAUACCAUAGCGACUCGGAAGAAGACCUCGACAAUGCUCUCGUCGACGACAUAGCCUCGCUGUCAGGCUCCGAUAUUGACUCCGAAUCAGACGCCGACAUACCUGCCCCAAAAGCUGCGAGGAUAAAUAAGUCAAAACCCCCCAAGAAGAGCCUAGUCGAAGACGACUCCGACAGCCAAGAUGGCGCCCACAGCGACGACAACGAGGGCGGAAACGACAGUGAGGAUAUAGAGGAAGAGGAUGACUUUACAAACUCCGACGGAGAAACAUCGAAUAUUGGCUCAAAAUGGACAAAAUCGAAACGCAAUGACCCGAAUGCCUUCGCUACUUCACUACAAAAGAUUCUUUCUACUAAACUGUCCAAUGCGAAAAAGUCCGACGCCAUUCUGUCUCGUAGUGUAGACGCGCAGAAGGCCAGCCGAGAGAUAGUCGACAAAGCAUUAGAGACCAAAGCACGGAAACUUCUUCGUGACCAGAAGCUUUUAGCGCAGGAAAAGGGCAGAGUUAAGGAUGUUAUGACCGGCGACAACAGCCAGGAGACGUCCACCGGAGAGAUCAUGCAGACUGAGCGACGAUUACGGAAAACGGCUCAUCGCGGUGUGAUCAUGCUAUUCAGAGCUGUACGUGAAGCGCAAGAGAGGGCCAACGAGGCGGAGAGGGAUGCCAAGAAAGAAGGCAUCAUCGGAAGUCAAGCGCGACAGGAGAAAGUGAACGAGAUGAGCCGGCAAGGCUUCUUGGACCUGAUCGCCGGCGCAGGUGGGAAACUCAGUAAAAACGGGAUAGAGGAAGCAUGAGGCGACAUACGGCGUGAACCAUAAAUCAUAUAUAAUGACAUUAUCACGGCCCAGGUCUCACAGAGUUGAGUCUAUCUUGGCCAACCUCCGGCAUUGACCAGGGUUCUUCUGUUAUACACGCUUUGUACAGUUUCCAAUCCAUCUGUCGAUUCCAGACAAAUAUUUGACGCCUUGGAACCUAACCUGGGGGGGGGAUAUAAACCACGGUUUCCUGGAAGAAAAAAGACCAACAUGAUUUCUAUGCGCUGAAAUUUUUUGUAUCAUUUCGUCAUUAUUUAAAGUCGCUGGCCUGCAGGUUCCUCGUCAUCGAAGGCAACU